CUACUUUGUCGGCAAACUCAAAGGCUUUAAAAAGAAGCCGCCUUUUGAUCAACCGCUCAUUUUUGUUUAGUUAUUAGUUUGAUUUGGAACUGUCGCGUUGUUUUAUUCAGUGAUUGACGAUGCAGAGUCCUAACAAUAAUACCGAGAAUUUAUUAAAAGUGAUGGAGAAAACUGGGUACCCAAUAGUCCAGAAAAAUGGCCAGAGGAUAUUCGGCCCUCCGCCAGGUUGGGUUGGACCUCCACCGCCACGGGGCUGCGAAGUAUUUGUUGGCAAAUUACCUCGCGAUGUAUAUGAAGAUGAGCUGGUGCCCAUCUUUUCCAGUGUCGGAAAAAUCUACGAGUUACGUCUUAUGAUGGAUUUUUCUGGAUCCAAUAGAGGAUACGCCUUCGUGACCUACGCCACAAGAGCAGAAGCGGUUGCUGCUAUCAAAAAGUUGGCCAAUUAUGAGAUAAGGCCUCGAAGGCACAUUGGAGUUGUGGAGUCCGUGGAUAACUGCCGCCUUUACAUUGGAAACAUUCCAAAGGAUGUUACGAAAGAAGAUGUUUUCAAGGAAUUAAGUAAUCGUGUACCCGGAAUGGUGCGGGUCAUAAUGUAUAAGAACUGUUUUAAUCGAAACCAUAACAGAGGAUAUGCUUUUGCGGAGUUUGUUUCCCAUCGCGCCGCAGCUAUGGCACGGCGAGUGCUGGUUCCGGGAUGUAUCCGAAUGUGGAACAGAGAUAUCAUGGUAGACUGGGCGGAGCCUGAACCAGAGGUUGAAGACGAAGAAAUGAGCCGGGUUAAAGUGUUAUAUGCCCGUAAUUUAAAAAUUCGAACCACACCCGACACAAUUCAGGCGGCUAUCGAAGCUGCUAUCGAUAAGAAAAUAGAAAAAGUCAAGAAAAUUUGUGAUUACGCGUUCAUACAUUUCUACGAGCGCAAUGACGCCGUACAUGCUUUUAAGAUAUUACGAAACGUGAUUAUUGACGGGAGCCAAGUUGAAAUAAAGUGGGCUAAGCCGGUGGAUAGAGAACUCUAUCGCGUACAGAAACUUAGGCGCGGAAAUGCAAAGUUUAAUAACAAUCUUAAUUUAUCUCAAACCCUAUUGCUUUAUAAACAGCACUUCGAGAAGAAAGAAUACGCAACAUGCCCAAAUGAUGAAGGAAUUGGUUCCAGCUAUGCCCCAGAUUGUUGUUCCCCAGUUCAAUGUACUCCGUGUAUGCAAGAAGACUUCAUGACUGCUCCUGCUAAUCUUGAAUCUACUUGCAGCAGAUAUAUGUGGGCUUGUCCUAUCUACAAGUUCCAUUCAUAUUUUGAUGCCAAUGGAAAAGAAAAUUAUGUGUGUGCAUUAGAACUGCCCCAUGUCGCAGGUCCAUUGUUCCAUCCUCCUAGAUCCUUGGGUCCGCUUUACUCUGUUCCUUGUAUGACAUUGCAACAAGCUCGGGUUUCUGCUGCUGCUAUAGCCUUACAAUCAUUAAAGCAACAUGGUAUAGAUCUCCUUCAACUGACGGAUAAUCGAGUCUACCGUCCGAUACUGCAGUCGCUGCCUCGAACCUACAUCGGGCCUUGGGACUGUACUCGGCCUGCGUAUUAUCCCACAAUACCACCACCUGUACCAGUAACAGUUCCCACUACAUGGUAAACUUGAAAACUGUUUUAAUAAAUAGCUGUGCUUUUAUUGUCGGUUUUCAAGAUAUUUUUGACUAAUGUUUAUUUAAUUUGAAAUAUUAAUUUAUUAUUGAUGUAAUAAUUUAUAUUUCCUGUAAUAGUUGCCAUGUAUUGAAAUCUUAACCAUUUAAGCAAUUGUAUGAAUUGUUUUUAGUGUUGCCGUCAAAACAUGCAACUUGUUGAUUUUUGAUAGUUUACCUUUAAAUAUACUAAGAGUAAUAAUUAAUGUUAAGUUCCUUUGACAUUUUCAUUUAGUUUUGACUUGGUGUAGACAUUUCAAAAUGUUAUAUGUUGUACAUAGAGGCAUUAUUUACUUAGGUAAAGCUACCUCUGAUACUUCCUUCCUUGUGUUUAUACUUAAGUAUAUCCAGAGUUAAGGAAAUUACUUUUUCUAAAAUAAAUAUAUAA